AUGGAUGAGAUUGAUUUAUUGACGGCUGCGCAAACAGUUGAUUGUAAGAUCGAUUCGUUUCCGAUCAAGUACGUGGGUCUCCCACUUGCAACCAGGAAGCUCUCUGUCAAUUCUUGGGAUUGUGUGGUGGAACGUUUCAAGUUGCGAUUAGCUCUCUGGAAGGGUUCGGUGCUUUCUCCUGCAGGCGGGUUAAUUCUUAUCAAAUCUGUUUUGCUCAGUGAUGCGUCUUCUAGAGCUCUUUGUAAGGUUUCUUGGAAGGUUAUUUGUCAAGAUUUUGAUAAAGAGGGUUUGGGUUUAUUUAAUCUUCAUGUUAGAAAUCAAAGUCUUUUCUUCAAAUGGAUAUGGAAGUUGAGAUUUAAUAAUGAUAACUCUUUGUGGGCUAAUGUUAUUUCGAGUUGCUCCUCUGUGUGUGACUGGAAUUUUUUACUUCAUGGGAAUGUAAAGAAUAUGUCAUUUAUUUGGAAGAGUAUUAGAAAAACUUGCUACAGUGACAGUAAGGCUUGGAAGGUCUUUAUUAGUAAUUUGAAGUAUAAUAUUGGUUAUGGGGCUGAUGUUUCUUUAUGGAAUGACAAUUGCUUGGGUAAUGGUUCAGCUAUUAUUUUGUUUCCUCGUCUUUAUAAUCUUUUGAACCAAAAGAGUGCAGCUAUUCAGAAUGUUUGGAAUGGAGGUUGGCGUUGGAGGCGUCGUUUAAGCGGUGCAUAA